UUUGACGCAGUUGAACAAACGUCAAACCGAAGGUCAAGAAAGGACGGAACAUUCUAAGAUGAAUUUUUAAACUUCAAAGGUGGUUUAUUGAAUACAAGCAUGAAGAUUAUUACUUUUGACAUCUUCAUCCAGGCAUUGAUGCUAAUAUUAGACAUUCAUUUGAUUCACAGUGUGACUGUUUCUGUACCCAAGCGGGUGGGAGUUAUAGGAAAAACCACUGUGUCUUUAAAGUGUGUCUAUACCUUGUUAGACUCUGAGAGUUUCAGUGGUUUGACUUGGGGCAGGAAGCGAAGCAGCGAACGGGAUUUUGUUGAGAUGGUAGGUGUGGACAGUGCAGGUCUGACUGGGUACACCUAUGAGGGUGUAGCUCUACAGAACAGAACGGUGCUCAAGUUCGUUCCGGGUGUGUUCACCAUCACAUACAUCGAUGUUAUGUGCGAGGAUGAAGCUACAUACAGAUGUACCGUGUUAUACUGGAUAAACACUUACAGACCUACAUGGUCUGUGGAAAUGUUUUUUCAACUACAAGCUGUCCCUAAGAAGCCAUUAUACAUGUACUUGUCAGACUACUCUGAAUUCUUCACGGAGUACCAGCAUGUGUUUUUCACUUGUUUCGGUAAUGUCGGCAAACCACCUGGCUCAUUCUGGUGGUUUGUCUACCGUGGUACUGAGAUGGUGAAUAAAACCAGUGAGGCAUACUUCAAUCCACUAACAUUUGAACAAUAUUGGUGCUCGUUUUAUCAAAAAAGUGUUCUGCACCUGUAUUUGACGAGGGCUGACGAUGGAAUCGUCGUUAUGUGUCAACCCCACAACCCGUCGCAGACACCUCCGAUAAUGCAUGGGUGUUGGCGAGAUUCUGAUCUGUGUUUGCAGACGAAACCGCUGGUCGUUCAUUACCCAGUUCGUAAAGAGGACAUAACUGUGUACAGCAUACCAUCAGGACCAGACUUUUCUGUUGAUUCAUUUGUAACUAUAUCAUGUAGUGUGCCGUCGAACCCUCCAGCAAAGUUUACAUGGGAGAAGAUUGACACGAACACGAUAUUCUCGGGAUCUGUCUUGAAUAUGAGGAGACUGACACAGCUUGAUAAAGGGCAAUACGUCUGUACAGCGAAAAACAAGGUGUCUGGAGUCCUGUACAGCGCAUCCACUUCUCUGUAUAUCAAUAUCCCAUUGACACUGUCAUUAAAGGCAUUUUCUGACGAGAUAUCAUUCAUCUUGGUCUGUAGAGUUCACAAUGCUAUUGGUAUGGAGGAUACAGUGAGCUUCCAUAGUACAGUUUAUGCUUCUGUGUCAUUCUCUCAGAAACGCGAUACAUGUUUCGUGCUUGAUUCCUCACGUGAGGGUUAUGCAGGAAUUUGUGGAAAUGGUACAAAAGUAUUCUGGACAAGCACAAAAACAUAUAUGCUGAAGAUCGACCGACAUUUUGCCAAAGGACAAGGUUGGUGGUGUAAACUGCAAAGGGAUGGAGCACAAAGCAAUAACCUGACACUGCACCACUUUUCAGUGUCAAUAUCAGCAACUUCUCUGUAUGCUCUGCUAAACAAAGCAUUCACAUUCACAUGUACUGUAAAAUAUGCCACUGGUAUGGAUGAUAUGGUGCGAUUCUUUAGGAAAAUAAAACUGGGCGAUUUGGGCACUUUGCAUCAGAAGCACGACGAAUGUAAGGUCUUCCAUCCAGCCCCGAAUGGUUAUCAAGUUACUUGUGAGGAAGGCACUGAUUCAUCAUCGGCCUCUACAAAGACGUAUGUUUUGAAGAUCGAUGAAGUGCUCGAAAGUGACGGGGGUGAAUAUUGGUGUGAUGUGGUGAGCGAUCAAUCAUCCAGCAGCAGGAUCAGUAUAUACAUUCACUAUUGUGAAGGUUUUUUUUAUGGUAAAGACUGUACAGAAGAGUGCCAUUGCAGGAAUAAAACUGAAGUUUGUCACCCAAUGACUGGAGAAUGUACAUCAGGUUGUGCAGUUAGAUGGACUGGAGCCUAUUGUGAAUUGUGUAAAGAUUCCAGGCAUGGUGAUAAGUGUGACAAAAUGUGUAACUGUAGAGAUAAGAAUGAAGUUUGUGACAAGCAUACGGGAAGAUGUGAAUCGGGUUGUCCAGAUGGAUGGUAUGGAGAUUACUGUAAUGAUCGAUUUAGGUGCCGUUGCGCUGAAGGCUGUAGUGGCAUUGUAGAAAAAAAAGAGUGUGCCUCAUGCGAGCGUGGAUUUCAUGGACGUUACUGUCAGCAAGAUGACAAUGAAUGCUUGACAGGAAUGCACAACUGUACAAUGGAAGGUGAAGAAUGUGUGAACACAUGCGGCUCUUUCAAAUGCACGUGCAGAGAUGGAUAUAUCAGCAGAGGAACUCGAUGUGUCCGGAAGAGUAAUUGGUCGAAGUGGCAGAUAACUAAAAGUUCCUGCAGUGACAAAUGUUUGAUAACUGUGACCGAACGAAGAUUCUGUGUCAACCCACCUCCCAUCCACGAACAAGAUAGCUGUAAAGGAAAGGAUCAAAUUACAUAUUAUUUGCAGUGUGCAGGGCUAAAAUGUGCUGAUGGCCAGUGGUCUAGCUGGAGGAGAGGGUCUGCGAAGGUGUGUCGAAAAUCUUGUACACAAAGAGUGAAUUACACAAGAUCUUGCACAGACCCAGAACCGUCACCACACAAACUGUACUGCAAGGGAAAUUCUCAUAUAGAAAGAACUGAACCUUGCACUGGGGAUGAGUGUGAUGAAUGCGCCAGCAGACAACAUAGAUGCUUUGAUAGUGAGGGUCAGACGUGUACAGAAACACCCCCAUCUUACAAAUGUGUGUGUAAAGAAGGAUACACAAAAGUACGAGGAGGGCUAUGUGUCCAGUAUAUAUCUGGCUUCUUUAUUACCGAUGAAUGCGCCAGCAGACAACAUAGAUGCUUUGAUAGUGAGGGUCAGACGUGUAAAGAUACACCCCCAUCUUACGAUUGUGUGUGUAAAGAAGGAUACACAAAAGUACGAGGAGGGCAAUGUGUCCGAAAUGGGGUCUGGUCAACAUGGAUUCGGGUAUUUGAAAGCGAAUGUUUUUCAUACUGUAAACGAAAAGUUAAUUUUGAACAUUACUGCUCACAACCCGCCGCCAGUAAAGAAGGUCAAAGUUGCGAGGGGGAAGCACAUGCUUUUGGUUAUUAUGGCUGUAUAGGUGGGAAAUGUGAUAAAAAUACAACCAUUAAUGUUCCAAAAUGUGAAUCUGGAAGCCAUAAUUGUACAAGAGAGGGAGAACUGUGUGUUGAUGACUCUUUGUAUUGUCAAUGCAGAAAAGACUACAUUAGAAUAAAAGACCGCUGUGUUUCUAGAGGUUACUGGAGCGACUGGUAUGUCAUAUACGGAAACUGUAAUAGCACAUGCAAACGAAUGAAAACAAAGCAACGACAUUGUUUUGUGGAUCCCAUCAUCAAAGACGAAGGAAAUUGUAAGGGAAAGCAGAAAAUCAUUGACUGGGAGAAUUGUGAUGGGGUCCAAUGUGAGGAUGGUCGUUGGUCGCCCUGGAAAAGGAUUUUAACUGGUGAUUGUGGCAAGAACUGUAUUCGAAUGAAUACUUACUUACGAAGCUGUACGAACCAGGAGCAACACUCCCCAUGGAAAUAUUUGUGCAAGGGAGACACAGAAAUUCAUUACACCGAGCCCUGCACGGACGGCGACUGUGUGAUGGAUGAGUGUGCGACUGGGAUGCACAACUGUUACGAUAAAGAGGGCCAGGAGUGUAAAGAUCUGCCAAAGUCUUACAAGUGUGUCUGCAAAAACGGAUACACCCGAGUUAAAGAUCACUGUGCUCGGAAUGGAGGCUGGUCUACUUGGAUAUUUGUCAAGAAGGAACCGUGUCAUCCAUUCUGUGAACAACUGGUGACCUACCAACGCUUCUGUACAGAUCCUCUUCCUGAUGAUGGUGGAAAGAUUUGUUUAGGAGCCCCUAAACGUGAUAUAUAUGUUCCAUGUGUAGGAAAUCAGUGUGAAAAAGAUACAGCAAAAGCAAAAGCACCCAGUCCAGAAUCAUCAUCAAAUCCAUACGUCAUUACAGGAGUAGUGGUUGUGGUCAUUGUCGGAGUUGUCUUGAUAGUAGCAGUGACCAUGUAUCUCUGGUACCAACUUUUGCAUGCACUAUACUUGGGGAAACUCUUCACUCUGUCAAGUUAGGAAAAAAUAUAUAGAGGUGGGGAUCAGAUAAAAACCUACGAUCUGUCAUCAGAUAUUGGCUGCAGAUCAGUGGUCAUCUGUUGGAGAGAGACUGUCUUCAUCUCGCUGCCAGUGAUUGUAGCAUGUGUCCACAUAGAGCCUUUUUAAUGUCUAAAUUAAAGACAUUGUAUGACUAAAAUAGAUUGUAUGACUGAAUUAAAGAUAUUGUCUUCAGCUACCUAUCAUUAGUUGUAGCAUGUUUUCACUAGAGCCCUUUUAAUGACUAAAUUAAAGACAUUGUCCUCAGCUGGAUGUCGUUAAUUGUAACAUGUUUCUGUUUCAAAAGAGCCUUUUUAAUUACUAAAUCUGUCGUUCGCACAUUUGGCUUGACUUUAUUCAUGGGAAUCCAUACAAGGAGAGGUAAAUUGUGUGGUCCAGCAAAUGCACCAUCAAAACUUUUUCUAAAAUAACUAACCAUUAUCAAGGAUGGCCUUAUUAGCUAUGGUCAAAACAUCUUGCAAGUAAAGUGGAUUAAUCAUACAUCUAUUCUCUAAAAUUCCAAAGAUUUACUUGAAAUUUUGAACAUUAUACACAACAAUCUCCCACGACAUGCUUAAGGAAAAACUUAAUUCCUUAAUCAAUGGGGCAUUUGUUAUAAAGGUUGGUGAACGAAGAAUGAAUCAGGAUUCCCGACUAAUCUGUGUUAAAUCAAAACAAAGGAAUCUGCAUGGCUAGGAUUACUCAUUACCAUCCAUUGAUUUACCCACAAGAGUUAUAAAUAAAAGAAACAUCUGAAAGUAUUAAUUAUAUGCAUAGAGAUUCAGCCAUUAUUUUGCCAAAUGCCAGUCGACUCUGCAUUGUGUAGAGAAACCGGCCUCGGUGGUGCAGUGGUUAAGCCAUCGGACUACAGGCUGAUAGGUACAGGGUUCACAGCCCGGUACUGCCUCUAAC